GCGGACCGCAACCAGUCUGCUAAAAAGAAGAACAAAAACGGGAAAGACUUUGAGUGGACGCCCGGACAAAGCCCUCCGGGCUCGGCGAGCGCGGUGCGCCGGAGCGCUGGCUCGGGAAUCCGGGCGAUCGCCGGCUCCGAAGGGCGCCCGCCCAGCGCGCCUCUGAGGGCAUUCGGACCGAAUUUUAUGGUAUCCUUUCGAGAGCGGACUGCAGCAGGCGAGUUCCGGAAGGCUGAUUCCCCAGAUCCCGGCCGCCGACUGCCGCAGCUCGCCCUGCGGCACGCCCGGCCGGGCUGCGCCUGGGCUCGGCCGACUAGGAAAAAGCCUGGACCCGAAAGGAUGGGGGAGAACAAAGAGCCUUUGGAAGACGGCGCUGUUAUCUCAUUGUCUGUGCGAUUGGGGAGCUGCGGCAGGGAGGAUGCUGUGGUCCUUUCCUCCCUGCACUCCCCCACCCCCAGCCCUUUCCCCGCUGUCAGUGCGCACGCACUCGCGCCGUUUUUUACUUAUUUUUCCCUGUUUUCUCAUUCCAUCUUCUCUCCAGUCCCCUUUCUUUCUUCCGCCUUUCCUUCCUUCCUCCUUGCCUUCCUCAGGAGAAAGGCCUCUCUCUCCGUGUUCACAGCGGACCUUGAUUUAAAUGUCCAUACAAUUAAGGCACGCGGUGAAUGCCAAGAAUGGGGCUGGCUGAGCACCGUCGGUCCGCGAGGUCCCGCCAAGGAAGGAGCCACAGAGCCAAGGCGCCCUCUGCAGAGCUCAGCGCUGCGGCUUGGGGCUGGAGGGGUCGCGAGCUCCCGGGGGUGGAAGCCCUUGGCGUGGGGAGGUGUGUGGUUUGUGACAGACGGGGGCUUAGAAAUGCGAAACCGAAGCUGAUUCUGUAACAGAACUGCGGAUCCGUGCAAGCACCGAAGCGGGGGGAGGAGGGGAUGCUGGUGAGCGCAUUGCGGAGCGCUUCUCUGUGAAUAUUUUUCUCUAGGCUUGGGGUGCAUUGUACGCGGGUGGACACCUUUCUCCUUGGCUGUUUUUGUUCUGGGCUUAGCUUUUGGUUUGCUCUUUAAAAAAAUAAUCUGGCAUCCAGAAGACUGGCGGGCUGUGCCAGGGCUUGGACUGCGGGUAUAUUGUGUUCUGCGUGAGGUUUGGGGGGAGGGAGGGAGCCAGUUGGAAGGGAGGAGGAGGAUGUUUGUCAUCCUUUGCUGUAGAGCUGUGGGCACCUGACAAGCUUGAAGAAGUCUUUGGGAUGUACGGGGAAGAAGGAACAAAUUCCUGGCUGGUUCACAGGCUCCAUCAGGACUGAAAGCGUGGCCAGGGCUCUUGGGAGCAUCUCACUUCCUCCUUGCGGCUGUAAUUGCAGUUUUAGGCAGAGAUCCAAGAGAUGCAGAGGAAGGGAGAGGCUCGGUAACCUAUAUGUACCCAAGGGGGUGGUGCAUUCCUUUAAAAAUCCUGACAGAAGGAAAAACAGAAUGUGUGCAAGUGAGGGUUUGAGGAAAGAAUGUUUUGAAAGAAAGCAUCAGGGAAUGCAAAGGACCAACCCUCCCCCAUCCCGAAGACGCUGCUUCCCAAAUGGGGUCUUCCCAUCACUAGAUCUAGAGCAGCAGCUGGUCCUGGAGACCCCCUUCACAGGGCACAAUGACAGAUCCCAUCUCCUGCUCAGUACGAACCUCCAUACUGCAAUGGAUGGUGGCAAGACCUAAACUCUUUAAUUUUCUGGUGGAGAAAAUGGAGGCGCGGCAGGUCCCUACAGAGAAAGGAGGCCAAGAGCUGGACCUUCCUACCCAGGAAGCCUGCUGCAUCCCUUUUCCCACCCUUAGCAGAGGCCUGCUUUUGCAAGGCCAAGACCAUAAGGAUGCUUAGGAUUUUAGUUUGUUUCCUUGCACAGUAAUCAAGGCCUAAAAGAGUCUCAGCUGUAGCUUACUGAGGAACUCUUUCCUCUCCAAAGCCUCAGUCUAGCCCACUAGAUAGAUUAGUAUUCAAGGAUACUCUGGUCUCAUUUUCUCCCAAAUAUUUAUUGAGUGCCUACUGUGUGACAAGCAUUGUAUAAUGAUUAUGUCUUAUGUUCUUUCUUUGCCCUCCUAAGGGGGCCUCUGGAGUCAGGUGAGGUGAAGUGUGCUGUACCCCAUCUAGACAUUUCCAGAACCUUCUCUGGGUCUGCAGAAAUGCGCUGCAACUUCUCACCCCUGCAGGGUAGGCUGCAGUUCCCAUCGUACAAACUGUUAGGGGCAGUGCCAUUCCCCUAGCCCCAGAAGGUGAGCUUAGCUGGAGGACAGAAAGUGGGAGCAGCUUCGCUGGCCCUUUGAGCCUUAGCCAGGGUUGUCCUAAGGGGCACUGGUAGUCACUGCCUUCAAAAUAGACCUCCUUCCGAAUGGUGGCUCCUUGGGGUGCAAAUCCCCUAGCCUCUCCCCCUCCCUCCUCACUGAGAGGCUGCUCUUAUGUUUCUGCCAGGGAUGGUUUAAGCCCCUGAUGACCAACCCCUUGCCCUUCAGUUGUCCCCAUUAGUGAGCCUUGUCUCCAUAAUUGCUUCCCUGGGUAAUUCCAUCAGACACAGCUACACCCUUUGCUGAUGUGCCUGCCCACGCAAUGCCCCUUGUAGAUGGAAGCCUAACACACUUCUCCCUGAGAGCUUAAACCGCAGGCACCAUGGUCAAGAUCUGCCAGGUUCCUGCUGCCCAUAAUCCACAAUGGGAGGGGCGUGCUUUUUUAUGGCUUACGUACACUCUAGUUUCUGAAAGCUUUAAUGUGUGUGGGGAUCGUCCUGUGUUCACCAGGUCUCAUUACACAAUGCGUUUUUAUGUGGGGCUUUAAUGGCUGAAAAUGGCAGAGAUGAAUGUACCACUCUGCCCCCUGUGUAAUUUCAAGGCCCCUUUUGUGUUCGCCAAAUAGAGGUAUUGGAGUGAAGGUCAGUCCUGGCUUCUUCCCUUCCCCUACACCUGGGGCCUAUUGAUGCCCAGCGAUAUUUAGGUAAGAGACUUGAAGAUUUCUGCUAUUUCAAGGCAUGUGUUUAACUCUCAACAUCAUCCUUUUCCCUGACUAUCUAUUUGAGUCCCUCUGAUUACAUCCUACCAUUUAGAUGAAGGGGGGACAUAUGAUUUUUUAAAUGUAGAAGAUGUCUGAGACAGUUUGCUGAGAAUAUGCUAAGAAAGCCCCUAUUGGCUCACGCCCACUACCAUCAUUUGGUCCUCAUGAGGAUGGGAGCUCAUGUUUCUCUAGGUGAAUACACCAGAUACUUUAAGAUGGAUUUAGUGAUGUAUCGACAUUAAGAAAAAUGGUAACAUUCUUCUUUCCCCUGCCAGAGACAGCCCAGGCCCAGAUCUCUGUUUAAGCAGAAAGGAAAUUGAGCAAAGGCAAAGGUAAACUCCUCUAUCCCUCUGUCACCAAAGGGGUGGAAGUGGGGGUCAGUGACUGCGGACGCAUGAGGAAGCUUAGCCAGAAAAAUAUUUGGGGAAGGGGUAAUUUCUCAGCAGGAAAAAGUGCAUACAUAGUUACACAACCAUAUCUGUUUACAUAACCACAUCCAUUGCUAGUAUUUAUGGAAAAGCAUUUAACCACACACACACACACACACGCACGCACACACAAAUCCAUCCAUCUAUACUGUCUCCACAGGGGAAUAAUUUUUCUAUUUCCCUCUGCUGAACUUACAUAACAUCCCCACCCCUUGUUCUAACCUGAGAAUGGAGUUCUCUGGGGGCUGCUGCAAAGCGUUCUCCCUGGGACAGAUGGAGCCUCCCUUCCUCCUCUACUCUGUGGGUGGCUUUAGAGCCCCGUGAGUCAACAGGAGCUGAAGGUUGUGCUGGAGUUUGUGUGUUUGAGGCUUGGCUGGCUGAUUCAUGGUGAUGCAUGUGUCAGUAAUAACAAUUAUAAGAAUUAUGGUACCUAAUAAAGUUUUUUUUCCUUCCAAAUCCAUCUACCAUUCUUUCGUUUGAGUGUUUUUAAGCCAGGUCUUACUCAAUUUGACAUCAGCUUUAAAAUGUAUA